CAUAUCGUAAACAUGUCGCUGUGCGAUCUCAUAUCUCUCAGUUGUUCGCAUCAAAUCUAUAUGGUUUUCAAAAACAGACAAAAUAAACUAAAAAAAUAAUAAUUACUUAAAAUAAACGAAAUUAAAAAUUUAAAGAAUUGUGUGAAAUUAUGUUUCGUGGUUUACACGUGCAAAAUUUAUGAAAAACCAAAAAAUAAACAAAAAGAAAAAAAAACAACAUACACAAAUUAACCAAAACAAAUAUUUGUUUUCAAAAUUAAAAUCUGGUUAAGUCGAAAACCAAAACAAAAAUAAAAACACCAUUCAAACACGUUAGCGUCGAAGUCGUCUCUUGGGCUCCAACUAUGUGUUGGUCUAUACGUGUCUAUUGGACGGUUUUACACAACUUACUUGCCCGGUUCUUUUCUAAUCUUGCCAGCAAAUGUUCGGCAUGUGCUUCGCAACGUUUGUGCUGUUGCUGUUAUUGCUGCCCCAUCGAUGACGACGGCGAUGACGGCAGUGGUUACGCUGGCGAUGGUAGCAGAACUAGUUGUUGUUGUUUAAAACAUCAAUUGCCCGAUUUAUCGGAUGACGGCGCAUACUAUCCCCCCGAAAAUCGAAUGGACUUGAGGCAACAACAAAUGGGGAGAACACAACACGAUUAUGUCAUUGUGGAUGACAUUGAUGCCAAUUAUUUACAAAUCGAAAAAAGAAAAAUCGAAACUGAGCCAUUUUAUCGUACCGUUGAUCGGGCAACAGCAGAAGAAAUACUCACCGGAAGGGAGGAUGGUACUUGCCUGGUGAGGCCUUACAAAGAAGAGGACAUCAGUAUUAAAUACAUUGUCAGCAUUUAUGCCCGAAAACAAUUCUUCCAUUUAUUUAUUCGACAAAUACCGGGUACGGAACUAUUUGCCAUAGGUCAGGAGAAACGUGAGGAACGUUUGUACCAGACACCAAACGAUAUUAUAGAAUUCUACAGGCACAACACAUUGCAAUGUACAAAUAAAGAGUGCACCUUGAGUUUAGUCUUAAGGCCCAUUGUUGUAUAAAAUGUUUUAAAAUUUUAUUCGAUAUUUAUUUAUUUUAGUUAUUGCUUAUUUUA